UUCAUAAUCAUAUAUGUUCCCAUACUGAAAGGAUGUACAUUUUGACGACAGGAUGGCUACAUCUGUAAAUGUUUUUACCGACAAGAAAACAAACAAGUGGCUGAAGGCAUACAUAGCAUUAAAGCUGACAAAGAAUUCAUUAGCUGCUUUUGUGGAGACGGAAAUUCAAAAGAUCCAUCAGUCGGUCGGCAAAACAUGGAAAAACGAAUUCAUCGAGAGUGAGAUGAAAUGCCAAACGGACGACAAUUUUACGGAUACGACUGCCUGCUACAUUAUAAAUACAUCUACACCAGUCGAUCUACCAAUCCAGAGUCCUGAAAAUGUAAAUGAUCAGGGCAGGAAUAAUAUCAUCAAGCUACACCGACAAUAUCUUCCGUCUUGGGCAAACAUCGAUGAUGAGGCGUGGCCUCCUAUAGAUGCUUGGCAACUUGCAAAGUGUUUCCUUCCUCUAGGCGGCUGCAAUGGCAUUACCUCGUUUCAAGAACUAGACUUGAGUGACUUGAUCAGUAUCAUGCAGAACUGCGUGCACUUUGACAUGUGUUUUUCCUUACAAAAUUCGGCCAUUUUGGCAGGGCCGCAUCCACUGUUUACGAAGGCGCUUCGUGUAGAAAGAAAAGUACUUCACUUCCCAGACAGUGAAUAUUCGGAAACUAUACUUCAAGACUUGUUCAUGACUCUGAUAUCGCUCUUGGAAGGCACUCGGUCCCUGGAUCAAGAAUCAUGUGGUCUACUAAAAGACAAUUUACUGCGACGUUUACAGAACGAUGAAAUACCAAUACCCCAAACUGAAAUGGUCAAUAUUGUGCAAGAUGCGAGGCUUAUUCUGCAGACUGCAAGGACAGAGAGAGAUCGAUAUUUCCAAAGGAAAGUUGACGAGAUCCAUCAAUUCACGCAAGCCUGCUUAAAUAAUUUACAAGAAUGUUCAUCAAUACCCUCUGAAGUUGGUAUACGAGAUAUGUCUGGAUCCUUAAUACCCGUGCCUCUUAUGAAAAAGCCUUCUAUAGACCACAAUGCAGUUAUUGAACUGGAGCGCUCGGCGGUUCGGCUCACACAUAAGUCACACAGAUAUACAGUGCAAUACAGUGGUCGGUAUGGAGAAUUUUGGAAAGGUACCCUAAACGGUUCAACGAAUGUCAUCGUCAGAUCCUCAACGAAUAUGCCGAUUUCAAAAGAAGCUUUUUUGGAAGAAGCAGAGAUCUUAAAAAAGUGUCAGCAUGAAUGUAUAAUACAGUUACACGGAGUAUGCUCAAAAAGUGAUCCUAUACUUAUCAUCACUGAAGACUUAAACGAAAGUUUGUUCGAUUUCUUGAGAAGCAACAACGGGCGCUCUAUUACCUUAGCUGGCCUUGUACAGUUUGCAAAGCAGGUUGCUAGUGCCAUGGCAUAUUUGGAGAAUGAAAAGAUCGUACACAGGGAUCUUCAGGCACGCAACGUUUUCAUCACCAGUUCAGGAAAUACUAAGGUUGCUGGUUUUCAUUCUGCAAAAACAACGGACGAUGGUACCUGCGACUUGUCCAGAAUGAGCAUUGAGGACGUGGUAGAAAUAGUUGAUCGGGGCUACCGAAUGCCAAGGCCUGUCAACUGCCCGUAUGCAAUCUGGUUCUAG